ACGACAGACACCGAGAGCGGUCUUCCAGGCUUCGACGGCUGGGGCGCUAGUCCUCUUACUUUGGUGAAUGGCUUUCUCAUGAUACUGGCUUUGUUUGCACGCGAACAGACAGUUUGCUCGUUCUAACCUUUCCCUGCGACCUCACCGAUUGUCAUCUCACAUUGCGACUCUCAUGAUCUUAAGGUGAUCCCAGUUCGUUCGUGGACACCAUGGCGAUCCAAUCCUCUACGGGCAGUAGCAGUCCAACUGCGACAGAAACCGAUGCAGGAUCAGGGAAUGGAACGAAUACAGAUAAUCCGCCCAAAUCUCUGAGUCCAUCGUCUUCGAUUCCAUUUAGCUUUCUGAUUGCUUUUAUUGCUCUGUUCUUGUUCUUCCUUGGAUGUGGGCUUGGUACACGGAGAGUCGCUUGGGCACUACGACGGGGCUUUGGAGUGGAAGGAGAGUUUGAUGAUGGCACCGGCAUUGGUCGAAGGAGGAAGAAGGUGGGGAGGACAAAGCCCGAGCUUUGGGACGUAUGGCCGAAAGAGUCGAAAUUGGACGGGCAAUGGAAUAGCUUGCAGCCACUCUCUGUCAAAUUGCUCUCUUCCAAGUCAAAUCCUUCAGACUCAUCUGAGCAACCCUCUUCUGGUCCAACAACCCAUCCACUCUCGCCUGUGACCUCUCUGGGCUACUUUCCUUCCCGCUUUGGUCGUAUACCAGUACCAACGCCUCCUCCCCCUCACAACAUCCCUUUACCAAGUUCUGGUCGUACUCCCUCACAUGCUGAUCGUACAAGGCGUAACAUACCAGCCGAGCCUCCUAACGCUGCUCGUUCUAGCCCUUCUAACCCUCCAGCUCCUCCAAAUGCCCCUCCAAAUGCCCCUCCAAAUGCUUCUAAUGCUCCAAACGUCGUCAACCCUCAACCACAGCCAUCGACACCUCCCCAGGAACCUAACGCACCCGGCCUCCCACAAGAAAGAGAAAGCCUUUGGUCCCGAGCCAGAAGACAUAUCGCCGCAAACCCAUACGUCAACGCCCUCCUCCUCGACAUGGGUCUAACACCCAUGCCACGGCAUCCCGAUUCUCCAGAUGAUGGCGACUCCAACACUGAGGACGGGGAAGUGACCGGUAUGCAGGUUACCGUGCUCGUUUCUAUGCCGUCGCGGGGUUCGAUUGCGCGGAGUCGGGGGUCAUUGGAGAUCGGGAAGGAGGAGGAUGAGAAAGGUAAGGGUAGAGAUCUUGAUGGUAAGGUGAAUGUCGCCGAAGGGGGAAUGGGGGAUUAUGUUAUAGGCAUCGCUGAAUUUCCGUGGUCGAAACCUUGGUCUGAUGAAGCGGAUCUUACGGGAAGGACGGAAUAGGGAUGACCAUUAUAACGUGGAACGGAUACAUGCUAGUGUUAGGAUUUGCUUCUUUUUCUUCGGUUGUAUUUGUGUGUACUUUUACAUUGCGAUACCUCCCCCGCCGUUACCCCAUCAUCUCUUCUUGUAUCUUUACUUGGUUUCUUUUUUGCUUGUCUAUGGGACAUAGCUAUCACCAAAAUAUUGAUCAACGUAUCGGGAAGCUCUGGAUUGCUUGAUAAAUGGUCCAAGUUAGUGAUUUCGACUGUCCAACACCACUCGAAGCUUGGCGUAUGCACGGUCGUAUCUCGCACAAAAAAGAAAGAUGCAAAAAACAUCUGCACUAAGG